GUUCCGGAUCUGCUUCUCAUUAUGUGCGCGCUCAAAUGGAUAUUGCGUCAGAUGCGAGGAAGGUAAAGUAAUAUUAGGAAGCGGAAUUACGACAGAGGAAGGCUCUUCCUCAAUCAGAAGGGAAAGAGAUGGACAUGAAAGUUGAAGAAAAUUCCCGAGAAAGAAUCUAAUCUCCCACUAGUGUACAGUUUGGCACAGCUCAACUCUUAACCAAGACAAUCUUCCUCUACAGCAAUCGUAUCUUUAAGCUAAGUCAAGCUCAAGUUGACCCUUUAGCUCUCCCAAAAAGAAGAGAACCGAUAGUCUCUCAUUUCUCCCACCAACCGCCUAAGCCCUCUACGGCUCUACCGAACAGAAAGAGGGUUUGGUCACAAGUCAUCUCUCAAUCUUCCCUCUCAGAUCCGAAGCAAUUCCCAACUCAACGACCCAGUUGUUAUUGAACUAUACAGUGAACUGGGUCUUUGAUUUUUAUCGAGCUGGUCAACGAGUUCACCGCUCAAUUGGGUUCCCAUGGUUCGAUUUUGUCCAGGUUGUUGCAUUAUGUUAAUCCCAGCAUUGUCUUGAAGAUAGGAAGUGGUGGAAAGAGAUAGUUAACAAGAUGAGGAUGAGGAACAAAUGCAGGAAACCAACUUCUGUUGCUUUCCCUUGCAAUGCAGGAGGGAGCAGAUGCUCAUUAUCUGUCCUGGUUUGGAGUUUAGUUGGGUUGCUUCUUUUCCUUCAUCUCUACUCCUCGCUUAUGGCCCGCAACAAUGGUGGUGGUAAAGUUGCACAUGUCCAAUUCCGUGCAAUUCAUCACCAGCUCUUCCGUGAACUUGAGGAAGUGGAAGAAGAGAAUAUACAGAUUCCUCCACCAAGGGGGAAGAGAUCCCCACGGGCUACAAAACGAAGGCCUAAUAAAAAGACAACCACCCUGAUUGAUGAGUUCCUAGAUGAAAACUCCCAACUCCGACAUGUAUUUUUCCCAGGGAUGAAGACUGCUGUGGAUCCUAUGAAGGAUAAUGGCAAUGCGAGCUCGUCCUAUUAUUAUCCUGGGAGGAUUUGGUUGGAUACUGAAGGAAAUCCUAUUCAAGCUCAUGGAGGAGGCAUUUUAUAUGACGAGAGAUCAAACACAUAUUAUUGGUAUGGAGAGUAUAAAGAGGGACCCACCUACCAUGCUCACAAAAAAGGAGCCGCCCGGGUUGAUAUCAUUGGAGUUGGCUGUUACUCUUCUAAGGACCUAUGGACAUGGAAGAAUGAGGGCAUUGUACUGCAAGGAGAAGAGACCGAUGAAACCCAUGACCUCUUCAAGGCAAAUGUACUGGAGAGGCCUAAAGUAAUCUACAACGGGAGAACUGGGAAAUACGUUAUGUGGAUGCAUGUCGAUGAUGCCAACUAUACCAAAGCUUCAGUCGGCAUUGCUGUGAGCGAUUAUCCUACUGGUCCUUUUGACUAUCUAGGCAGCAAAAGACCCCAUGGCUAUGACAGCAGAGACAUGACUUUGUUUAAAGACGAUGAUAGCGUAGCAUAUCUUGUGUAUUCUUCCGAGGACAACAGCGAACUUCACAUAGGCCCACUUGCAGCAGAUUAUCUCGACGUUACCCCUGUGGUGAGAAGGAUCCUCAUCGGCCAGCACAGGGAAGCUCCAGCACUGUUUAAGCAUGAGGGAACUUACUACAUGAUCACCUCAGGGUGUACUGGCUGGGCUCCAAAUGAGGCUCUGGCACAUGCAGCUGAGUCCAUGAUGGGCCCUUGGGAAACCAUGGGUAACCCAUGCGUUGGUGGGAACAAACUGUUCCGCCUUGCGACAUUCUUUUCUCAAAGCACGUUCGUGAUUCCGAUAAGGGGGCUUCCCGGUUCUUUCAUUUUCAUGGCGGAUAGGUGGAAUCCAGCUGAUCUAAGGGACUCCAGGUACGUGUGGCUACCAUUGAUAGUCGGAGGGCCUGCAGAUCAACCACUUGACUACAAUUUUGGGUUCCCUUUGUGGUCGAGAGUGUCAAUCUAUUGGCACAGGAAGUGGCGACUGCCCACUGGUUUGAGUGAGUUGAAAUGACGGCCUUAAUACUUCCUCCUGUAUCAUAUCUACUGCUUGAUCUUGGGUUUUCUUCUUUCUUUCUAUUCAUUUUUUUUCCCGUUCAACUAGGUUCACUGUUUUGUAACUUCUCAUAUCAGGAUCCUGCUUUAGUCAUAGAGAUAAAAUAACUCCCCCUGUUUAGAGAUCAUGUUAAUAGCAUUAGGUUGUAAGGCGUGAAACACCGUGGAGAAUGCAUGAUGUAUGUAGCAGGGUACAGAUAAAUUUCAUGGUAUUUCUUUUACCCGAGUUUGAGGGCCCUGGAUGCUGCGAAUUUGAGCAUGAUUGAUGACUGUGGUAUAUCUACUUGCUGGUUUUCUCUCUUUAUGAAACCUGCAUCUGUGC